AUGUCUUCUGACAAGAAACCUAUCCUUAUGGUCGCAGGUGGAAAUGGUUUUAUUGGCCCCCACGUUGCUCGUCGGCUUCACGCCGAAAGUUAUUACGUGCGGAUCGCUGAUAUUCAUCCUAUCUCUGCCUUUGCUCCAGAAUCUAUCAGCGCAGAAGUAUUGGUCGGAAACCUUUGUGACAUCGCAUUCUGUCAAAAAGUGAUCCGUGGCGCAUAUACCAUAUUUCAUUUUGCUGCCGCUAUGGGUGGCAUGGGCACCAUACAUUCCACCAAUGAUUUCGUCAUCUAUUCUGAAAACCACACUAUGACACAAAACCUUCUUGCCUCAUCGGUGUCCGCCGGGGUCACUCGUUUUUUCUAUGCAUCAUCUGCUUGUGUCUAUCCCGAGCAUUUACAAGACAGUAACGCUCUUGCUGCAGAUGUCUCUCUUCGCGAGACUGACGUUUUUGCAAAGCCACCCCCCAAGCCUCAAGGACUCUAUGGGCUUGAGAAACUCAAUUCCGAGCUCCUCCUUCACCAGUACGAAUCUUUCAUCCAAAUUCGCAUCGCUCGUUUCCACAAUAUCUAUGGGCCAAGAGGUGCUUGGCGGAAUGGUCGAGAGAAGGUGCCAGCGGCAUUAAUUCGAAAGGUGCUUGCUGCAAACCUCCUAGGCUCAUCUGCACCAACCUUGAAAAUCUGGGGUGAUGGGAAGCAACGUCGAAGCUUCUUGUAUAUCGACGACUGCGUCGAUGCCAUUUUACUCCUCAUGUCAAGUCAGGAUGACAAUGCCGCUCAGCCAAUCAAUAUCGGGUCAGACAGAGCAGUGACUAUCAAUGACCUGGCAGCGAUCGCUCUGGAGAUUAUUGGUGUUCACAAUGCUCAGAUGGUGUACUUUUCUUCUCGGCCUACCGGUGUAUCAGCUCGGAAUUCCAACAACGAGGUCAUUCAGGAUCGUCUAGGGUGGCGCCCACGAGAUGACAGGGGACUUGUGCAGGGAAUGCGCCUUACAGCUGAAAGGAUGUCAUGCGAAAUAGAGCGACUCCCGAUUGGCCUCAGUCAUGAGGAUCGUUCUCGGAUUUACCUUGCCAUCGAUGAGGAUGAUUCAUUCCUGCUCGACGCCGAGAGAAACAGGGCUAUGGAUAUUCUGAUGGCAGGGAAUUUUACAGAUAUCAUAACAUUGGUCUGCAACUUCCCACCCGGGCAGAUCUGUGACCUAUGGCGAGAAUGUGCGAGACGAGCAUGGCAAGAUGGGUGCGAUUACUUUGUCCUCAUGGGUGACGAUGUCGUUUUACAGGAUGAAGGCUGGAUGCGCGACAGCGUCCAAGAGUUUCGCGCGUUAUCAGAACAAGAGCACAUGGAUGCUUUCGGAGGAGAGGUUGUGCCUAAGUCAUUUGUUAAUCAAGAUGGGGACCCUUUUCUGUAUCAGCUUUAUCGCCGAUGGAACUGUUCCCGGAUGUUCCAAUGUCGAAUCUAUAAUUCACUCGGUGGUAGUGGACCCGCAAGAUACGAGAAGCAGCAUUCACCGGACUGGACGUACGAGACUUUGACUGACGCUACCAAGGUGCUGCGUGACUGGCUCGAGAUAGCCGCGCCAGCCGCCACACAGAAGCUUACCCUGGACAUUUCCAGAUUUCCCAUCCUCACAUCCACCUUCGAACUCAAACCAUCCAACACCUGCAUUGUCAUGUUCAUUGUCAUCAUUGAUGACCCACUUUCCCCUGCAAUCGGAGAGCUUGAGCACCGAUUCGCACAUCGUCCAGACGUUCGAAUCCGUAUCAAUGAAGAGAAUCUAGGAGCAUCGGCGUCGCGCAACAGAGGAAUCGCUGAAUCUUCUGCCGAGUGGAUCUAUUCUCUCGACGAUGACGUUUUGCCGAACUCAUAUCUACUUAUCGAAGCCGAGAGGUCGAUGCGCGCCCACCCAGAUGCGGCAGGGUUUGUUGGUAACAUGCAGUUUCCUGUUGCUGAAAGUGUCUUCACGACUGCCGUCCAUCUUGCUGGUGUGACCUAUUUCUGGGACAUCGCAACCAAGAUGGACGAAGAUGUACCGUGGGGCGUCACGGCGAACCUCAUCUAUCGGCGCGACGUGAAGGACAAUGUUCGAUUCAGUCUCCAAUUGCCGAAAACUGGAGGUGGAGAAGAUAUUGCUUUUUGUCGACAGAAGCGUGCUUACUCAGUCUCACAUGGCGGAGAGGGUUUCCGAGCCGCCCCCAGGGUUAUUGCUACCCACCCUUGGUGGAACAAUGGUCAAAGGUCGUACUGGCGAUUUUAUGGGUGGUCAGGGAGAUGGGGCUUUGGUAUCCCUCUUUCCGCAACUGACUUAUCUUGA